AGUACGCGGUCGACACCUAAAGCGGACUCAUUUUUUUUCCAUUUAAAUAAUCACAUCAAUAUAUCGCGACUUGAAAGAAAAAAUUAAAUUAAAUUAAUAUUUUUCUGUUCACAUAAAUUAAUCAAGUGUAUUAUAUUUUUUUUUUUUCAAAUUUUAAUUAUUUAAAAUACUUAUAAAAUAUAAAUUUAUUUAAAAAAAAAAAAAAUGUAUAUUUUUGUUACUUAAAAAAUAAAUAAAUUACUAAAUUAUUAUUAUAAUAAAAAAAAAUAAUAAAAUAAACAAUUAAUUAAGUGUAAAAAUGUUAAAUAAUGAAAUGAAAAUUUCAGCGGGAAAUAAAUAAUUUAAAAAGACAAUUGAUAGUAAAUAAGUGCACGUGAAAUAAGAUAUAAAAUAGAAAAAAAAAAAAAAAUGAAUUAAAAAAAAAAAUUAAAUAUUUAAAUAUAAAAGACAAUAAUUAAGUGUUUAAAUGGACGUAUUAUUAGUGGAUUUGACAUCAAAGAUUCUUCCAAUGUUACAACCACAGUCACCAUUACUAGAGAUGGCUUCACUUCGUCUUCCAGAUUCUGAAGAAUUUAAAGUCGAUAGAAACCAUCGAACAAGUAUUAAUGGACAGCUAAUAACAACUCGUAAUCCAUCACAAUCAUCAAUUGAAUUAUCAACAACUCUAUCACCUUUAUAUCAAUCAAAUGAUGUAUUUAUAAAAACAAAAGAUGAACUACAUGAAUAUUUAAAAAAUUCUAUAACUGAUUUAGUAACUUCAUAUAAUAAUAAUGAUGAUGAUACAUCAGCUGGUUUAUUUAAUGCAAGCACAUCAGAUAAUAUACCAAUUGAACAUAUGCCUAAUCGUUUUUAUAGACACAGUAUUUCAAUGACUGCUGUUUAUUGUAUUGCAUAUUUAUUUGUUUUUAUUGUUGGAUUAAUUGGCAAUAGUUUUGUUAUUGCUGUUGUUUAUCGUUCACCAAGAAUGCGUACUGUUACCAAUUUUUUUAUAGUCAAUCUUGCUGUUGCUGAUGUACUUGUCAUUGUAUUUUGUCUACCUGCAACACUCAUUGGAAAUAUUCUCGUUCCCUGGGUUCUUGGUCGUUUUAUGUGUAAAACUGUUUCAUAUAUACAAGGUGUUUCUGUUGCUGCAUCUGUGUACAGUCUCGUUGCUGUUUCACUAGACAGAUUUUUGGCGAUAUGGUGGCCUUUAAAAUGCCAAAUAACAAAACGUCGUGCACGUAUGAUAAUUGUUGUAAUAUGGUUCAUUGCAAUGACAACAUCAUCACCAUGGUUAAUGUUUUUUGAUUUAAUAAAAUAUGGUGAUGAUCCUGAUAUGAGAUUUUGUGUUGAAAGAUGGCCAAGACCACAAGAUGGUACAUUAUUUUUUAUAAUUUGUAAUUUAAUGUUGUGCUAUGUAUUACCAAUGAUAUUAAUAUCAUUGUGUUAUAUAUUAAUAUGGAUAAAAGUAUGGCGUAGAAAUAUACCAACAGAUACAAAAGAUGCACAAAUGGAAAGGAUACAACAAAAAUCCAAGGUUAAAGUUGUUAAAAUGCUUGUUGUUGUUGUUAUAUUAUUUGUAUUAUCAUGGUUACCACUUUAUGUUAUAUUUGCUCGUAUUAAACUUGGUGGUGAACGAGCUGAAUGGGAAGAUGAAUUAUUAACAAUUGCAACACCAAUUGCACAAUGGCUUGGUUCAAGUAAUUCAUGUAUUAAUCCAAUUCUAUAUGCAUUUUUUAAUAAUAAAUAUAGACGUGGUUUUAUGGCAAUAUUAAAAAGUGGUAGAUGUUGUGGUAAAUUACGUUAUUAUGAAACUGUUGCAAUAAUGUCAUCGUCAACAAGUAUGCGUAAAUCAUCAUAUUAUGUUAAUAAUAAUAAUUCAUCAACAAGACGUGCUUGUCAUGGACCACCUGUACAUCAAGAUAGCAAUGUGUCUUAUAUAUUUAAUCACACUGGUGUUUGAAUUGAUAUUUUAUCAAAAAAUUAACUUGAUCAAGUAAAUAUUCAAAUAUACUAUUUAAUAAAAUUUAAUAUUUUUAAUAAUUUAUUAUAUUAGUAUUUAAUUUAAUAUACUGAAUAAGUGUUGUGUGUUUUUUUUUUAAUUUUUCUUUUUUUCUUUUUUUUUUUUGUCUCAUCUGAAAUUGUCAAUCCGAGAUUUUGGAUCACCAUGAUCGAUUGGCAUUCGGAUUGUAUCAGUAUUAUGGAGUAUAUAUUGUUUGAGACAAAUUAUUCAUUUUAUUUAUAUUCUAGUUUGUUUUUUUUUUUUUAAUGUUUAUUUUAAGAUAUUAUUUUGAAUAAAACUUUUUCUAUAUAAAUUUUAAUGGCAAAUAAAAAAAAGAAAAUCAAUUGAAUAAAUAUUAAAAUGAUUACCAUGAAUUAUUCAUUUUGAAAAAUAUUUGAUUGUAUUUUUUUUUUUGCUGUGAUCUUGAUAAAAUUAUGUACACUUUUCUCUAUAUAAUUAUUGAAUAAAAAAAAAAUAACAAAAAUGAAUAAAAUUUAUCUGUAUUUAUCAUAUCUGGCAUGUAGCUUGUAUGUUUAUAAUAAAAAAAAAAAAAUGGAAAAUAAAAAAAAGAUAAAA